AUGGGAACUGUUUUUAAUACUCUUCCUAUUGCUGAAACAGAUCAUUUGUCAAAUAUGUCACCAAAUCGUGGUGAUUGGUUAACUAGUCAUGCAGAUGCAACUGGACUUGCAGUUGUAGAAGUUGAACGUUUAUGGAAUCGUUUUAAACAAUUAACAGGUUCAAGAGAUCAAACUCGUUUAUAUCCUGAUAAUUCUGCAGUACCAAAUGAAAUAUCUAAUGAUGUUUUUGUUAAAAAUCUUAUGAGACAUUUUCCUCGAUCUAAAUCAGAUCCAAACAGUAUUCCAUUUGGUUAUUUUAUAGUCGUAAUGCAAUGGCUUGAUGCAGCUACCAUUCCACAAAAACUAGCAGCUGUAUAUCAUUAUCUUAAUAAUGGUGAACCAAUUGAUUCGCAGAUGAUAAGUAAACUUUUAAAACAUGUUUAUCUUGAUUCUAAAGAUGAUGAAAUUAAAGCAUUAUCACAUCAAUUUAUGCAACAAUUAGGAGCUAAAGAACAAAGUAAAUUAAAUAUGCAACAAUUCGUUGAUGCUGUCCAACGAUCUAUACCACCAAAUGAACUUGAAGAUAUUCUUAAAUUUAAUAUUAUACCAACACAUUUACUUGAUGAAGCAAAUGCAUUACCAUCACUUCCAGCAUCAUCAACAAAUAUACGUAAUAUAAAUGAUUAUGGUAAUUAUGAUCUUGUUAAUGAUGAACAAUUAAGACAAAUAGCAAGUCAAGUAUCGUAUAAAAAUUGGUCGAAAUUAGCACUUGCACUUGGUUUUCUUGAAUAUGAUAUUGAAGCAUAUAAAAUAAAAAAUAAUAAUGAUUCAUCUGCAACAAUGUUAGAAUUACUUCAUAUGUGGCGUGAACAAGAAGGUUCAUUAGCUACUAAAAAUCGACUUAAACGUUAUUUAGAAGAAAGUGGAUUUCAUGAACUUGUUUCAUUACUUAAUUAA